CUGUUCCCUUCGGGGUGCCUAACUCAACCGGAUAUAGGAGCAGUGCUUCCGCUUCUACUUCUCCCUCCCUCCGGCUUGUCCUCCGCUCGUAGUCGCCACCACCGAGGCUGCCUCCCGGUGCAGUUCUGGUGGGUCGGUUGGUUGUCUCUUGACGUUGGUGUCUGCGCCGUUGAAUUGCCCGCCAUGGCUGAGCUAGACCCGUUCGGCGCCCCUGCCGGCGCUCCCGGAGGCCCCGCGCUGGGGAAUGGAGUGGCCGGCGCCGGUGAGGAAGACCCGGCCGCAGCCUUCCUGGCGCAGCAGGAGAGCGAAAUCGCGGGCAUCGAGAACGACGAGGCCUUCGCCAUCCUGGACGGCGGCGCCCCUGGGCCUCAGCCGCACGGCGAGCCGCCGGGGGGUCCGGAUGCUGUUGAUGGAGUGAUGAAUGGCGAAUACUAUCAGGAGAGUAAUGGUCCGACAGACAGUUACGCAGCUAUUUCACAAGUGGACCGAUUACAGUCAGAGCCUGAAAGUAUUCGUAAAUGGAGAGAAGAGCAAACUGAACGCUUGGAAGCCCUUGAUGCCAAUUCUCGGAAGCAAGAAGCAGAGUGGAAAGAAAAAGCAAUAAAGGAGCUAGAAGAGUGGUAUGCAAGACAAGACGAGCAGCUACAGAAAACAAAAGCAAACAACAGGGCAGCAGAAGAAGCCUUUGUAAACGACAUUGAUGAAUCAUCCCCAGGCACUGAAUGGGAGCGGGUGGCACGGCUGUGUGACUUUAACCCCAAGUCCAGCAAACAGGCCAAAGACGUCUCCCGCAUGCGCUCAGUCCUCAUCUCCCUCAAGCAGGCCCCCCUGGUGCACUGAAGAGCCACCCUGUGGAAACACUACAUCUGCAAUAUCUUAAUCCUGCUCAGUGAGGCUGUUCACAGUAAUUGGAUUAAUUAUGUUGAGUUCUUUUGGACCAAACCUUUUGUCUUUAGAGUUGAUCAUUGUUUGUGAUUGCAUGUUUCCUUCAAUUGUGUUCUCCCUGGCAUUCAGAGAGUAAGGGAGAGGAGAAAGGGUGGGGAGGGACACUCCCACCAGUAGCCUCAACCUGUGCUUUUGUGCAUUAUUCUGAGAAUAAAUUUGUUUCAAACAUUAUACACGAAGCUUCUUUAUUGACCUCUAGCUGUGUUGCAGCUUGGAAGCAUACUUAAAGGGAUGAAGAACUAAUUUCAUCAUUUCUAGGGACCUCUACCCCCCAUUUAAACUAAAAUAGCUCCACAUUUCUCUCUUCUAUGAAAUUCUUUGGAAAUUUUUGUUUGAAAAGUGAAUUCAUUGACUAAAAGGUGACCUGAAUUGCUUCUGGAAGACACCUGUAAAUCUUCCCACCAACCUAAGACAUUUUCUCUAUGGUGGGUUCAUCAUUAUCUGUUAGUUUAGGAAUCUGUCUUGGUAUUGUUUGUUGGGAGACCUUUACCAUCUGUUGGAUUCAGUAAUUGAACCUGAGUCUGGACAACGUGUGUGUGACAAGCUCUGUCCCUCAAUUCCCGCAGCACAUAUUGGAUCUGUGCCAUCCCAAGGAUACUUGGUUCCUAUUUCUAUUGUAAACUUGCUUCAUCGAGUGUAGUCAUGCAGUUCUAGAUAUAUGUAGCACAUUAUUAAAACAUUUUUGGCAGUAGUCACAUUUAAUAUGUCCACUAUGUGUCUGAGUUGAACAAUGCAGGUUGCUGUCCCAGAAAGCUGUAUUAGAACAUGCUGAUUUACAGUUUACAGUUACUGCCAGCAGACUGCCCCCCAUGUUCAUUCUCUGCCCUAAGAACACCUUUGUAGAAUUUGGCAUUUUUAAAUUCUGUUUUAAGCAAUUAAAGUCAUCUGUAGCAAC